AUGCCGCCUCAUCUCCAUCCUCGUUCGCGGUCCACGAUGGGCCUGUUCGCAGGUACCCUCCUCGCAUCUCUGCUGGUGGUUGGACUGCCGCAUGUCUUCCCCUGCCCAUCCCCGAGACGCACCUUCGCCGAUUCCGAGAUGAUCGUAUCUGCCGACGGGCGACAAAUUCCACGAGUUCGACGGAGACGUCGCAAGGAUGUCGAAGCUUCCGAAGAGGGCGCCUUCCCUAUUCAACCGGCACCAAUCGGAGCUGUGGACGACGAAGUCUCAACCUUCUUCCAAAUGGAAAAGGAGGCCGAAGAGCUCUCGCACGUCAAUCACGAAUGUCCCAUUCCCAAGCCCAAGGGUGUUCUGGGGAAAUUGCUCGGAUUCCGCAACGCUCAGCCGAACGCCCAGGCCAACCGCUUGCACAACAGCGAUCAAUGA